AUGCCACACACCUCCCGCAAAAAGAAACCCAGCAGCACCACCGCCACAAAACGAACAACAAUCACCGACGCGACCGGCUGGACGCACGUCACGACGACCGGCAACGCCCACCGCGCCCAUCGCCAACAACCCCGCCCGCAAAACAACGCACAACAACCGCAGGAAGAACUUCAACCCGCCGAAGCCCCCAAAUCCCUGACCCUCGCCUCCCUCCUCACGCAAUACCGCGCCCACCGCACGAAAUGGGCCGCCUCCACCACCGCGACGACGCUGACCGCGACGGUGCGGCGGGAACCACAACCCGAAGACCAAGAUCCUAAACCCGAACAAGCGCCGCCAUCCUUCACCACCACCCCCACCCCCACCCGCAAACCCGAAUCGCAAACCCGCAUCACCAACAUAAUCUGCAUCGGCCUCGGCAGUCCCAGCGGCUUCCUGCGCGGCGGCUGGGUCGACCGGCGCAGCGUCUCCCUCUACCAGCUCAAUGCGUUGAUGAGUGUGGUGGAGUGUUUUAACCACCCAACCACACCCCUACAAAUCUACGCCCAAGACCCCGUCUUCAACGCCCUCGAUCGCCAACUCCUCACUUCCCUCGGGAUCACCGUCGUGGAGCAUCCGGCCGGGUUCGAGCGGGUCAACCCCAAUUCGCUGCUGUUCUGUCCGGGGGCCGAGAAGGCGCAUCUCGAGGUGCUGCUGGCGCGGAACCCGGUGGGCGUGGUCGGCGGGCCCUUGGAGGAUACGGGCUCCGCCGGGAUCGAGCGGUUCGUGGCGCGGACGGGGUCGGUGCGGUUGCCGCGGUUUGAGGAGUUAAAGGAGGCGUUUUGGGAGAUGAGGGUUUACUAUACCCGGCAGGUCGAGGAGGAGGAACCGUGA